UCAUUUAUUAAGAAUGCAAAAUUCAUAUUUAUAUUAGUUUAUAUACUAUAAAGUAGCUCUAAUGGAAUUUUUUUCACUUUGUAAUAUAGAAUAUAAUUCAUCAUUUUAACCUAUACAAAAGCUCAAACGAGCAAUAUUUCUUUAUCGGAUAGUUCCUUUGGUCAGCUCCACCUGGAAGUAAUGGAAGCGACUACAUCUUCUUACAUGUAUACUGUAUAUAUAUAUAUAUAUUUAACGUCUGUACCUUGCAUUCAUUUCCGUGAAUUUAUCCUGUAUUGUACUCAUAAAGGUUAUACAAGUGACAGCUGGUCUAAAGAAGGAUAAUUUAGGAAUUGUAUGAGGAAAUUUAUGAAUGAUUUCCGUCUAUCAUGAGUAUUUUAAAUGAAAUUCGACGCUUUGGCGUUGAAAUUGUUAGCUUUAUAUAUUUUUUCUCAUGGCAUUUAAUUUAUACAUCUUCACAAACUUAUUUAAAUACUGUAACUGGAGAUCUACAAGAAAUUAACGCCUGCAAAAGUAAUUUAACGUCAAAGGAAAUAUAUCAUAAGGAGAGGGAUACGGUUAUUCUUUCUAUGAAAUUAUCCUUAGCGGAACUUUUGCCAGUUAUUCCCGUGACAAUUUUCUUUGCGAUUAGAAGUGAUUUAGAUAAAAGGAGAAGACUACUGAUUUGGCUACCUUUUGUUGGUAACGCUCUAUUUUGUUUCUUCUAUAUCAUACACUUCUACCAACGAAAGUAUCUGUUCCUUCUCUACUUUGGUAAUCUUUGUAUGGCCUUUUGCGGUCAUAUGUAUAUGUUCCAGGCGGGCGUUCAUUCGAGAAUAGGAGAUCAUUUUCAAUCGAAUCAGAGGCUACUUCAAAUGGCUACUCAAGAAUCUUUUAUCCAAUUGGCAAUGGGUCUAGGUAUAUUGGUUGGUGGAAUAUGGGAUCAAUACCUUGGUUUUCUUAGUUCAUACUUUAUUGGACUAGUCAUAUCUUCAAUUGCAGUUCCUCUCACUUUUCUUCUAGUUGUAGAAGACAAACUUAACACGGAAAAUUCCUACGAAGAGAUUGAUGUGAAAUCGUGGAGACAUAUCUUUUGCGAAGCUAGAUAUUGGCUAAUAUUCUUAAGUUUUCAGUUAUUUAUAUUUGUUCACAACGGAGAAGAAAGAAUACGUAUACUCUAUUUUAAGAAUAAACCGCUUUGUUUCACUUCUCUAACCAUUGGGCUAACAUGCUUUGUACUAGGCCUAGUUGCCUCAAUUGGUACAGUAGGUAGUGUCUAUAUAUUUUCAAGGAUGGGUUUAAAGCCACUUUGGAUAGGAGUUGUUGGAUUUGGAUCAAAAAUUGUUGGUAGUAUAUUUUUAGCUGUAGCAAACAGUCUAGCGUUAGCCAUGCUAGCUCAAGUAACAAUGAUCUUCUACGCAGUUCCAUUUUCAGUUGCUAGAUCAUUUAUAUCGGAAAUAGCUGGUGAAGGAAAACAAGGAGUUGCACAAGCGAUUUUGCAUAGUGGUUUAGCGAUUAAUGCCGCAAUAGAGCCACCUAUACUUGAUUCAAUAUAUGCGGCUACUUUAGAUACCGUUUAUGGAAUGACGUUUUAUUGCUGUGCAAUAGUACUAAUCGUAUCAGCUGUAUUAUUGAUAAUUGGCGAUAAGAUGCAAAAGUUUAAUAGAUCUUGCUACAAUGAAGAAAGUAUUCCACUAGAUGGCGAUAAAGUUGAUCAAAAUGUUUAAGAGCUCAAAAACUGAUAAUUAUUAUUAUAUCUUUAGUCGAAUGUUAAGUAGCAAUAAACCGU